CACUUGAUUUUCAUGAAUGGGAGGGAGAAGCGGAAUAUGAAUAUGUGAAGCAUCAUGGAGUAUCAAUCUUCCUCAUGAAAUCAGGGAUGUUAGGAACUCUCCGUGCUCUGUGGGAUGUCUUUCCCUUAUUUACAAAUACUGGAUGGGGUGAGAACUCAAAUGUUAAUUUUUUGAAGAAACACAUGGGAGCAAAGUUUGAGGAACGCCCAGAACCAUGGUUUUCUAGCAUCAAUGUUGAUGACGUCCAUUCAGGAGAUUUCUUAGUUUUAUCUAAAAUUCGUGGAAGAUGGGGUGGUUUUGAGACCCUGGAAAAGUGGGUAACUGGUGCAUAUGGUGGUCAUUCUGCUGUUUGCCUAAAGGAUUCAGAAGGAAAGUUAUGGGUUGCAGAGUCUGGGCAUGCAAAUGACAAGGGCGAAGAUAUCAUUGCUAUAUUGCCAUGGGAGGAGUGGUGGAGCUUCGAAUUGAACAAAGAUGACUCAGAUCCUCACAUUGCAUUGCUUCCUCUGCAUCCAAAUCUUCGAGCCAAAUUCAACAAUAGUGCAGCUUGGGAGUAUGCUAGAAGCCUGGAUGGAAAGCCUUAUGGGUACCAUAAUAUGAUCUUUAGUUGGAUAGAUACUACAAGUGGGAACUACCCACCACCAUUGGAUGCACAGUUGGUAUAGUAAUUACUUGUGCAUCUUAGUCUCUGUUUUUGGCUUUUCGACCAAUUUCGUACAUACAUAAGGAUGAAGAUGGUCUCUGAGAGAUUUAUAAGUUGGCAAAAAAAAUGUGGCAAGAGUAUAUUGCUGCUCUAAGACAUCACUGCAUUUUGAUACUGCUUUAACUAUUCUAUUAUGUCAA